AUGGUGACACAAGAUCCCAUGCUGAAGGCUGCCUUGCCUCUCUUUGCCAGAUUCAUCAUCAGCAAUGGGCUGCAGACCAAACACGGGGUGUUUGAGAUCACAUUGGAGACCGUGGACAGAGUUUUACCCACGGUGACCAGGAACAGGGGGCUGAGACUGGCCGAGGGGACCAUGGGCCUGCUUUCCCCUGACCUCCUCCAGCUGACCGACCCUGACACCCCAGUGGAGAACCUCACCUUUGUGUUAGCCCAGCUCCCACAACACGGCCAGCUGUACCUGCGGGGGACAGUGUUGCUUCGACACAACUUCACUCAGCAGGAUGUGGACAGCAGGAGUGUGGCCUACCGGCACUUGGGUGGGGACUCCCAGGUUGACUGCUUUACCUUUGUGGCCACAGAUAGGACAAACCAAGGCUUUGUUGUGGACGGGAGAGUGGGACAAGAACCUGUUACAUUCACCAUCCAGGUUGACCAGUUGGACAAAACAGCCCCCCGUAUCACACACCUGCGUUCCCCUUCUCAAGUGGGGCUCCUGACAAAUGGCUGUUAUGGGAUUUACCUCACUUCCCAUGUGUUGAAGGCAUCAGACCCUGACACUGAUGACGAUCUGAUCAUCUUUAAGAUUUUGCGAGGCCCGCGACAUGGACAUCUGGAGAACGCAACGACAGGUGAACUUAUCCAUGAGAAAUUUAUCCAAAAGGACUUAAACAGUAAGACCAUUCUUUACAUCAUAAACCCAUCUUUGGAAGUUAAUUCAGAUAUCAUGGAAUUUCAAAUCAUGGACCCCACAGGGAACUCUGCCACUCCUCAAAUUUUGGAACUGAAGUGGUCUCAUAUUGAAUGGUCGCAGGAUGAAUAUGAAGUCUGUGAGAAUGUGGGCAUAUUACCCUUAGAAAUUGCCAGAAGGGGAUAUUCCAUGGACUCCGCCUUCGUGAGUGUAAAGGUCAAGCAACUGUCAGCCACAGUUGGAAAAGACUUCACUCUGAGUCCAUCUAAACUGAUUCAAUUUGACCCAGGAAUGUCAACUAAGAUGUGGAAUAUAGCAAUUACCUAUGACGGAUUAGAGGAAGAUGAUGAGGUCUUUGAAGUAAUUCUGAACUCCCCUGUGAAUGCAGUUCUUGGCAUGAAGACAAAAGCGGCAGUGAAAAUUUUGGACUCAAAAGGAGGACAGUGCCGUCCUUCACAUUCCUUCCGUGCCAGCAAGCACAAUGCUUGGGAGAAGGGUGUUGGGCGCCCGCUGCCCCCAAGGUCUUCCUCACCCAGCACUUCUGGUUCCUUUCAUCUGGAAAGAAGACCACUUCCAUCUUCCAAGUGGCCAGCGGUCCCCAGGGGAGACACCCUCCAAAGCUUUGAUUCUACAGAUGCCUCUCAUAGGAAGCUCAGGAUCCGAGGGAAUGGCAAAACAGUCCUCCCAUCCUCUGUUUAUAGAAAUGGAACAGACAUCAUCUAUCAUUAUCAUGGAAUGGUCUCCCUGAAACUGGAGGAUGACAGUUCCCCAUCUUACAAAAGGAGGGCCAAAGUCUCCAAUAUUAGUCAGGCACGGAAGACAAGCCGAGUGGCAGAAUUGCCCCAGGCAGAUAAGGUGGAAUCCACAACUGGCUCACACUUCCCCAGACAGGAGGUGGAAGGCAAAUCCUGCCCAGCAGGGUGGCACCAUCACUCAGGCUACUGUCACUCCGUGAUCACAGAGCAGAAAGGCACCUGGGACACGGCGGCCCGAGCUUGCAAAGAACAUCACCUGGGCAGCCUUGUAACCGUACUCUCCAGGCAGCAUAUGCAGUGGCUGUGGGACCUCAGUGGAAGAAAGCCCUUUUGGAUAGGCAAGUGUCUGCUCUGCACUGAGGAAGGAGGCCAGAACACCGAGAAGGCGUCUCCUUCCCAUGGGCCAAUAAUCGUGGUUCACAGUAACAGGCCACAGUUAGAUGGUUUGAAUGACCAAGUGCGUGCAGGCCACUGGGAGUGGAUUGGCGGUGAACCUGUCGUCUUCACCAACUGGAGGAAAGGGCCCCCUCAAUGGUCAGAGCCUGGCAAGAACUGUGUUUUGGCUCAGAGACAAGGGAAGUGGCAAAUGCAGGACUGUAGGAAGAGCAAACCUCACAGUUACGUGUGCUCCAGGAAACUCUAA